UCACAGCUCAUCUCCCCCUUGCAUAGGCAGGGCAGUUUGCAGUGAGCAAGGCUUGGAGACACUCCUCUCAUUUCCUGUCCCAGGAGCUUCUCUUCCUCACUGCAGUUGCUGCAGCCAUAGGCUAGAUUGAGGGACCACAGAGUUAUCCAAUCACCAAUGCAAGACCCUCUUCCCCCAGCAGGGCUAGGAGGCUGAGAGUGAUGAAAUCCCACCAGUGUGGCUGCACUGUGCUCAGCAGGAACCUGCGAUAAGGUGUCUGACAGUUAAAAGAGCAGCCUUUUGAGGUUGAGAGGCUGGGAGCCUGCAGGAAGUGACUUGGUGCCAAGCCGAUGUAGCUUAGUUCGGCACCCGUUCUGACAGAGAAGUUGCAUCUGGCACUGCUGAAAAUGUCCAGAGAGUGUAUCAAACCUCAGACAGGAGGGCCACAGAGCCAGAGCCUGAGUCCAGGUGGGCAGUAUGGGGCCUUGGCUUCAGGUAACUGUCUGCCUCCCUCCACAUCUGCCUCCUGGAGCCUGCCCCGCUGGAGAGCGUACUUGGCUGCAGCUGUUCUCUGUUACGUCAACCUUCUGAACUACAUGAACUGGUUCAUCAUCCCAGGAGUGUUACUGGAUGUCCAGAAGUAUUUUCACAUCAGUGACAGCCAUGCUGGUUUGCUGCAGACAGUCUUCAUCGGCUGCCUGCUGGUGUCUGCACCUGUGUUUGGCUACCUGGGUGACCGAUACAGCCGCAAGGCCAUACUGAGCUUCGGGGUCCUGCUGUGGUCGGGGGCUGGGCUCUCCAGCUCCUUCAUCUCCUACCAGUAUUCCUGGCUCUUCUUCCUGUCCCGGGGGAUCGUGGGUACCGGGGCAGCAAGCUAUUCCACCAUUGCACCCACCGUCCUGGGUGACCUCUUCGUGAAGGACCAGCGGACCUGUGCACUGGCUGUCUUUUACAUCUUCAUCCCUGUUGGAAGUGGUCUGGGCUAUGUGCUGGGAUCAACUGUGGCGGAGCUGACAGGGAACUGGCGUUGGGCCCUCCGAAUCAUGCCCUGCUUGGAUGCUGUGGCCUUGGCUCUGCUCAUCUUGCUGGUUCCAGACCUACCCCGAGGAGCAGCUGAGAAACAGGGAGAAGUGCCUGUGAGGGCUCCGAGGAGCAGCUGGUAUGAGGAUGUCAGAUACUUGGGGAGAAACUGGAGUUUUGUGUUUUCAACCCUUGGAGUGACAGCCAUAGCGUUUGUGACUGGAGCUCUGGGCUUCUGGGCACCCAAGUUUCUGUUUGAAGCUCGCGUGGUCCAUGGCCUACAGCUUCCCUGCUUCCAAGAGCAGUGCCACAGCCAGGACAGCCUGAUUUUUGGGGCAUUGACCGUGGCAACUGGUAUUAUUGGUGUCAUGCUGGGAGCAGAGGCCUCAAGAAAGUACAAGAAGGUGAACCCCAGGGCUGAGCCCCUCAUCUGUGCUUCUAGUCUGUUUGCCACAGCUCCUUGCCUCUACCUGGCUCUCAUCUUGGCCUCACGGACCCUCCUGGCCUCCUAUGUGUUCCUGGCCCUGGGGGAGCUCCUUCUGUCUUGCAACUGGGCAGUAGUUGCUGAUAUCCUGUUGUCGGUGGUGGUGCCCAGGUGCCGGGGCACGGCAGAGGCGCUCCAGAUCACAGUAGCCCACGUCCUGGGAGACGCUGGCAGCCCCUACCUCACUGGACUUAUCUCCAGUGUCCUGCAGGCUGAGCGCCCCAACUCCUACCUGCAACACUUCCUCAGCCUUCAGCACAGCUUCCUGUGUUGCGCCUUCGCCAUCGUGCUGGGCGGUGGCUGCUUCCUGCUGACUGCACUGCACCUGGAAAGAGACCAGGCCCGGGCCAGGCAACCUGGCGAAGGUACUCCGACCCUUUGUUCCCCGCGCCAGGCUCCAGGUUGAAUACUUCUGGACUGGGAGCACUGAAACUCUGGACAGCAAGGACAUAGCCAGGAGGGACACUGAGAGACAAGGGCUGCUAUCUGGUACCAGCACCCCGACAGAGUAGCCCUGGGCCCCUGUCUUGCAGUGAGCAGGCUACAUCCUUCUGGGGACCUCGCCCAUCUUGGCUGUGACUCAGGGACCCCAGCUAAGCUACACUCACCACCUUUUCAAUCCCUGCUAGAGAGCUGCCAAUGCCCAGGAGCUGGUUAGAUUGAGCUGGCUGGAUUGAGCUGGCACUACUCUCUAGGGAGUCUGGGCUCUGUGUCUGCACCGACCAGGGAGACCAGGCCCUUAUUAAAGCAUGAUCAGUGCAAAGCCCUUAGAUUUCAGGGCUUCUUAGACCAU